CUGCUAACACUUUCAUGGCGGAAAGUGGAGUGGUGAUUUCUCCAAACGGGAUAGAAAUAAGAAAUUGGCUUGAGCGGAUAAUCUUUGUGUGGCAAGUUAAAAACCAAGUUUGAACAUUAACUUGUGAAAUAAUGGCUUUCAAUGGAUGUGCAAGGAAGAUUUCUGGUCUUCUAAAGUUACCCAACAGGUGUAUAAAGCAAGUACACUAUAAUAGCCAGCCAUCAUUUGCAGGAGUGGCUGCGCAAGUAGUAUGGCAUGAAAGGCUUGGAUUUGGCAAAGAUUAUAAGGGCAACCUUGUCAUUGUCACACAGUCUCCAAGGCAAAGUGCUGAUGGGUAUGAUUACCACAAGCUAUAUGGCGCUCCGCCCCCAGCAGAACAAACCAUUAGAACAACAUCACUGAAAAGGGGAUUUAUUGACCAGGACCUCUGGAGACAGGGUCAUUCAAAAUCAGGUAAUGCCCCUUGGGCAAGACCACAGCUUCCUCGACGUGGUGGCUGUUCAGCGGGUUUCUCUUCCCUUGCUGGUGAUGGACAGAGUAGUGGGUCAUCGUUCCCUGACUCCAUGGAUCCCUCCCUUGUUAUAUUUGACAAAGAUGGAACUCUGAUUGAUGUAAAUACUGUCUGGAUUCCAUGGAUGGAAAGCCAUGUACGUGAGCUUGAAGAAGCCACUGGCCUUGCUCUUGCUGACAAAAUGUAUGAAGAAGUGGGCUUCUGUCCCAAGAAACGUGUAUAUUCUGAUGGAGGACUGCUAGCUCAUGCGACUGUUGCUGAAAUCAGACAGGCAUUUGUCUCUGUUCUGGUUAAAAGUGGAGUGGACGAAAUAAAGGCACAGAAGCUGGUAGACAACUGCUGUAAAGACUUCGACAGUGGUGGGCAUGACACUCUGGAGCCUCUGGGUGACCUUCCAGCAAUAUUUGAAAGUUUAAGGGCAAAGGGUGUUAAGACAGCUAUCUGCACUACAGACAGCCGUGAAGGUACACUGUCAGCUCUUGACAGGUUAGGCCUUAUGAGCAUGGUUGAUAAAAUUGUUUGUGGGGAUGACCAAGAUACUAAGCCAAAACCAGACCCUGAAACUGCACUUGGCAUUUGCAAAGACUUAGAUGUUUGCCCAAGUCAAACUGUUAUAAUUGGUGACACUGUCGCAGACACCACAAUGGGUCGCUCUGCGGGGCUGGGUCUCACCAUCGGAGUUCUCAGUGGGGCGGGCAACCAAAAAUUUCUGGAAAAGGAGGCUGAUGUUGUUUUAAACAAUGUCGAUGAGCUUCUCAACACAUUGUUUCCAACAGAUUCUUCGUCUUCAUCAUCGUGAGGGAAAUGUGAUGUCUUAUCAGAAAUGCUUUUGUUUCAUGGGCUAUAUAAAGAAAAACAUAAUGGUAUUGAUUACUUAUAGACUGGCUUCAGUACUUAAGUGACAUGUCAUUGAAACCUGGGUUGAUUUGGAUUAUAUAAAUUAGUCUCUACUAUUACAUUAACAUUUGUUCCCCUGGGGGGAUACCAUUACAGGGGUUUCACUAAGUUUUCAUGUAGGAGGGCCCAAUAGGAGAGUGAAUAGGAGGAAAAGAAUAUUUUUUGAAGUGAAUGUAUGUAUUCAUAAUAGGGAAGUAAUUAGGUAUUGACUUGUUCAUCCUAGUUAAGGUACCCAGCUUCCACCUUCUAGUGAGAACCCUGCAAUACUCAAGUAAGAUUGAUUUUAGUACAUGAAAAUAAUUUACAUGAUUAUAUGUUAUUAUCAUAAGAGUAACUUAAUUAAAAGUCUAAACAUAUUUUCAGGAAGUAAAAUUUGGAGUAGAGGAGACUGUUUUCAAAACAGUUGUAUAUGUAGGUUUUAAUAACAUAAAGCAGUUAUGCUAUGAUGGUUAGAAACUUGGUAUGUUGUGGAUUUCCCUUCAUUGUUCAUCAGAAAGUCACAUUUAGAGUAUUCAUUCUUAUUUAUUUCCGUAAGGUAACUUUGUCAUGAUCCCAUAAUAAACCUGCACUGUUCUCUGGAAAAGUAAGAGAGCUGUGUUUGUAAAUAGCUACAAUUGUAGGUUAAUUUAGUCUUCAUGACAGCCUUGUAUAUUAAGGUAGUAAGUGGAACCUUCAAGCUUUGGUGGCUUGGGAUUACAUCAAUAAUGAUAUGAGUGCGAAUGUGUUUCUAUUUUUUCUAUCAGUUUUGUAUAUCAAAGCCACAGUAAAUAGUUGAGAUGUUUUGGUCGUCGUUUUAUCAAUAUAAUUUUGGUGAUUGCACUGCAACUCGCUUUUAAACUUCUUGUCGUUUUAUCAGAGUUUGAUCAUGCGUGACUUAAUCUAGUUGUGCAGUAGCUGUUAGUUUAAGUGCCUAAUUACAAUACUGGAUAUAGAAUAAAAUUGACAAUUCAACUGGAAGUUUAA